AAGAAAAUUAUCAAACGCUGUGAGGCCCGACUGAGUACGAGAAGAAAUUACCGAAACCAUAUUAAAUUUGGUGCGUAUAUAUGAAACAAUUUCUCGACUGACGACAACAUUCGUGAUGGAUUGCAUAUUAAACUGGGUGUCACUGUCUCUUCAUCGUCUUUGAUUCCUAUUCAUGGAUAACAAGUACAGGGAAUAUAGCUCCAUUUAUGAGAGAGCAAGGGAUGAAACACGUAGUACUGCAGUACAAUGUAGUCCACUUCGUAGUAGGUAACACAUAGGGAAAGGGAACUUUUGUAUUAUCAUGGAAUGUUGAAGAAAAAGUCAUGUUGGUAUUGACGAUAUCAACAGAGGAUUCAUCCCCGUGUGGGCUGCGCGGGGAGGGUACAGGGCCUACUUGCCCUGCCAGCUGUAAUAGAAGAGAUGGUUUAUGGUCUACGUCUCCAAGUUCUUCCUAGUUUUAUACGCACUACCGAUGGAGCGUAAUUCUACCCACUUGGCACAUUUGUUGCAGUCUUGCAUCGACAAGAAAGCCCACCUAGCGGGCAAACUCCUUCAUGCUCAUAUCUUGCGAGUUGGGUUGUCCAAUGAUACAUUUCUCUCCAAUCGUCUCCUUGAGUUGUACUCAAUUUGUGGCGCCUUGGGGUCCGCCAUCCAUUUGUUCUAUAAAAUGCCUCACAAAGACGUUUAUUCUUGGAAUGCCAUGUUGGGCGCUUAUUCUAAAGCUGGUGAAGUGCAAGAUGCGCAUUCGUUGUUUGUCAAAAUGCCUGAAAGAAAUACUGUCUCGUGGAACACCUUAAUUACUACCUUGGUGCGACGUGGGUCAGAAGAGAAAGCUCUGGAUGUAUACUAUAGGAUGAUCGCGGAAGGAUAUGUGCCUACCCGUUUUACUUUGGCCAGUGUUUUAAGUGCAUGUGGAGCAUUGACAGAAUUAGAACAUGGUAGGAGAUGUCAUGGCCUUUCAAUAAAAAAUGGUCUUGACAAAAAUUUGUACGUUAGUAAUGCUGUGUUGUGCUUGUAUGCCAAGUGUAGGUCUGUCAAGGAUGCAAUUCGAGCUUUUGAGGAUGUGCCCCAUCCUAACGAGGUUUCUUUCACAGCAAUGAUGGGUGCGCUAGCAGAGAGUGAUCGAGUUGAGGAAGCUGUGGAAGUAUUUAGAUUGGUACACAGAAAUGGAGUUAAUAUUGAUUCCGUUGCAUUGUCGAGCAUUUUGGGUGUUCUUACCAGAGGUGGAACUAAAGAUUUUGGUCCUUGUGAUCAGGGGGGUGAAGUUUCGUAUUCUCUGCACGGGCAGCAGGUUCAUUGUAUCACCGUCAAGCUUGGUUUUGAAAUUGAUCUUCAUUUAAGUAAUUCAUUGCUCGACAUGUAUGCAAAGAAUGGGAACAUGGAUAAAGCUGAGCUGAUUUUUGCUAAUAUGCAGGAAAGUAGUGUUGUUUCUUGGAAUAUUAUGAUAGCUGGGUAUGGCCAGAAAUUGCAGAGUGAGAAAGCUUUAUACUUUUUCCAGAGAAUGUCAUCCAGGGGUCUAGACCCAGAUGAGAUCACUUAUAUUAAUAUGCUUGCAGCAUGUGUGAGAUCUGGGGAUAUUGAGACUGGACGUCAAAUGUUUGAUAAGAUACCAUACCCAAGCUUGAGUUCAUGGAAUGCCUUACUGUCUGGGUAUUCCCAGAAUGAGAACCACAAGGAAGCUCUGGAACUUUUCAGGGAAAUGCAGUUUCGUAGCUUCGGGCCUGAUCGAACGACAUUGGCUAUCAUCCUCAGCUCAUGUGCGGGGAUGGACCUUUUGGAGUGUGGGAAGCAGGUCCAUGCUGUCUCACAAAAGGCUGCCCUUCAUACUGACAUAUAUGUUGCCAGUGGUCUUAUUGGUAUUUACUCAAAAUGUGGGAAAGUAGAGAUGGCAAAGCAUGUUUUUUAUAGAUUGCGUGAAUUGGAUAUUGUCUGCUGGAAUGCUUUGAUAGCUGGGCUUUCAUUUAAUACUCUAGACAGCGAAGCAUUUACUUUAUUUAAACAGAUGCGAAAAAAGGGGAUACUGCCCAGUGAAUUCUCAUAUACAGCUAUGCUUAGUUGUUGUGUAAAUCUAUGUUCUUUGUCUCAAGGGAGACAGGUGCAUGCACAGUUGGCAAAAGAUGGAUAUAUAACUGAUGUUUGUGUAGGGAGUACUCUUAUCAAUAUGUAUUGUAAAUGUGGGGAUGUAAAUGGGGCGCGGCAUUUCUUUGAUUUGAUGCCUGAGAAAAAUACGAUUACUUGGAACCAGAUGAUACAUGGGUUUGCACAGAAUGGACGUGGAGAUGAGGCUGUUCGCCUUUAUGAGAACAUGAUUGUAUCAGGUGAGAAACCUGAUGGCAUAACCUUUAUUGCAGUUUUAUCUGCCUGUAAUCAUGCAGGAUUGGUUGAUGCUGGGAUCAAAAUAUUCAAUUCGAUGCAGCCAGAGCAUGGUGUGGAGGCACUUUUGGAUCAUUACACUUGCAUCAUUGACUGCCUAGGCCGAUCUGGUAGGUUCCAUGAAGUGGAAAUACUUGUAGAUAAGAUGCCAUAUAAAGAUGAUCCAGUUAUAUGGGAAGUUCUGCUUAGUUCCUGUAGAGUUCAUGGUAACGUGAGCUUAGCAAGAAGAGCAGCAGAUGAGCUCUUCCAUUUGGACCCACAAAAUUCUGUCCCAUAUGUGCUUCUAACCAAUAUCUAUGCUUCUUUGGGGAGAUGGGAUGAAGCAAGGGCUGUUAGAGAACUGAUGAGUGCUAAACAGGUUAUCAAGGAUCCAGGUUAUAGCUGGAUUGAGCAUAAGAAUGAUUUGCAACCUUUUAUAUUUGAUCAAGGUCUUAGUCAUGGAGUUGAUGUUAAAGAUGAAACAUUUUUCUUUAGUGGGCAGCUAAAUGAUAAAGCUUCCCUUUAUUUGGCUGCAGAACGAUUAAAAGGGAACAACAUCAUGGGAAUGAGAUGACUUUCUCAAAGCCAAGUCCUCAAUUGUUAUAUUAUACUCACUUUGUAAGAAAAUAGUAUCAGUUUUCUAAGACACCUAGGCGUCUGCAGACAGAAAAACUAUCCAUCAAUAUCAAAGUUCUUUCAACAGAUCCACAUUUGAAUCCUAGGUCAAUAUUUGCACUCGCUUAUAUAAAGAAACACCAUCAGUUUUCUAGGAAGCCUUGGAGUCUGCAGGCUCAAAAACUCUUCAUCUACAUCCUUUGAACAGAUCCAUAUUUGGAUUGAGAAUUCAAACGGUACAAUUUUGAUUGUUGACAUUUAAAAUGAUAAUGUUGUAGAGAUCUUAUUAUAUGAGAGUUCAACAUUGGGGUCAACCCCUAGACUCUGAGCAGCUACUUGCAAUGUGGGUUUGCAUGAAGUAAGAAUGCAAGGAUGUGAAGCAAGUAUUUUCCAGGGUGCUUCAGAACUGCUAGACUUGCAGUCAUGAUCAAGGCAAUGAGUUUUUGAUUCAUUUGUUGGGUAUUGUGCUGCAUUGUCAGUUUUUGAUGUUCAAAUUGAUCUUUAUCAUAGGCUGCAGCAGCAGACAUGGUUUACCGGUUUAAAUUGGUCUCUUCUUUUUUUUUUUUCUUUUUGUCUUUUUUCUGUAUCUGUCUCUAACCAUUUGCUGAACUUGUAUGAUCUAAAAGAUUUGCAACUAUUUUUGUAAGAUUCUUUAUUAGGG